ACGUUAUAUAAAUCAACGAGUUUGACAACUCACAACCAUUUCAAUAUUACAUGACCUGUCUGCUUCUUCGUGUACUGUUAGAUAAGCGGACAACCUAAUAAACAUCCAACUCUUUCUGGGUAUUUUCACUUUUUAACCGAACUACUUGAAUUUACACUUGAACAAAACACACACAAACACAGAGAUGGAGGGAAAGAAGAAGGUGGUGUUGAGGGUAUUGGUGGUAUGGCUGUUUUUGGGUCUCUGUAUGCGAUCCUCAGCUUCCGACAAUCAGAAGCAAAGAUGGUGGAAAUCAAUAUUCUCAGGAUCCACAUCAUCGACGGUCAAUCCUGUUGCCUCCUCCUCUGUUGUAUACCCAAUUUAUGGCAAUGUCUAUCCGAUUGGAUUUUAUUAUGUUCAAGUCAACAUUGGACAGCCACCAAAGCCCUACUUUCUUGAUAUGGACACAGGCAGUGACCUAACAUGGCUUCAAUGCGACGCUCCCUGUGUUCGUUGCACUAAGGGGCCUCACCCGCUUUAUCGACCCAACAAUAACCUAGUGGCCUGUAGAGACCCCUUAUGUGCCGCUUUACACUCCGGUGACUACACUUGCGAUGACCAAGAGCAAUGUGACUACAGGGUUGAGUAUGCCGAUGGUGGUUCAUCCCUUGGUGUCCUUGUCAAGGAUGUCUUACUUGUCAAUCUCACUAAUGGAGCACGUCUUAGUCCUCGUUUGGCUUUCGGUUGUGGAUAUGAUCAAGAAUAUGUUGCAUCUUGUCAUCCCUUAGAUGGGGUACUCGGCCUUGGCAAGGGAAAGUCCACCAUUGUAUCGCAGCUUCAUAGUCAGGGCCUGACACGAAAUGUGGUUGGCCACUGUUUAAGUGGGCGAGGAGGGGGAUUUCUCUUCUUUGGAGACAGCAUUUAUGAUUCCUCACGCAUAGUUUGGACAUCAAUGUCACGUGAUCACCCGCACUACUCGCCCGGGGUUGGGGAACUGAUCUUUGGUGGAGAAGCUACUGGAGCUAAGAAUCUUAACGUGGUUUUUGAUAGCGGAAGUUCUUAUACUUACCUCAAUUCUCAGGCUUAUCAAGCUCUAAUUUCUUUGGUGAGCAAAGAGUUAGAAGGAAAACCCUUAAUGGUAGCACGGGAUGACAAGACGCUACAACUCUGCUGGAAAGGCAAAAAGCCUUUCAAAAAUCUACACGAAGUGAGGAAAUACUUCAAGCCUUUAGCAGUGAGCUUUGCCAAUGGUUGGAAAUCUAAAUCUGUUUUCGAAAUUCCUCCUGAAGCUUAUCUCAUAAUCUCACGAAAGGGAAAUGUUUGCUUGGGAAUUCUAAAUGGUACUGAAUUAGGGAUGAUUUUCAACACAAUAGGAGAUAUAUCAAUGCAAGACAAAUUGGUGAUUUAUGACAAUGAGAAGCAGGUGAUAGGAUGGGCCACAGCCAACUGCAAUCGGAUUCCGAAGUCCGACACCGACACCGACAUUAUGUGAUUUUGAUUAAAUUAUUAUUUCAUUCUUAUGUAUCAAUCAUGUAUGUCAUUGCAGAAAAUGCAUUUCGUUGUAUAUAUAAUGUAUGUACUAUAUUUUAUUUUAUUUUUUAGAUUAAUAAAUCGUUUACAUUCUGUAUAGGGGUAUACCCUGAAUGACUGUCAAAGAAACAAUGUAGAAUGCAGAUGUUAUACAAGAAUCAAUAAAUGUUGCCCUUCAUCUUUUGCUCUA